UCGUGUUGCCACGUGGCAGAAACCCAUUGACCCUUCCAUAUUUCUUGGGUCGUUCCAGGCUGGUUUCCGUUAACUACAACUAUGCAGUGUGGAUGAAGAGAAAGGGAGGGAGAGACUGAGCUACUAGCUCUCUGUGAUGGCAGGAAUUGGAGCUUGUUCAACUUUCUCUUCGACAAGAUAUGUUUUCAGCUGUCUCCGGACAUCUUUGUUGAAACUUGAAACUCAUAGUCGUGUUGGAGGAACCAUUUUUGCGAAGCCAAUCCGUAGGAGAGCUUUAAGCAUUAGAGCAGAAGUCAAUUUUGUGAAUGCUGAAGAAGCCAAGAAACUUAUUGCAGCUGAAGGAUAUACAAUUCUAGAUGUCCGGGACAAAUCUCAAUUUGAUCGAGCACAUAUCAAAUCAUGUACUCAUGUGCCUCUAUUUAUUGAGAACCAAGACAAUGACCCUGGCACAAUUGUAAAGAGGACUCUGCACAACAAUUUUGCGGGUCUGUUCUUCGGACUGACAUUCACUAAACCCAAUCCUGAAUUUGUGCAAACUGUUAAAAGCCAGUUUUCACCUGGAAGCAAACUCUUACUCGUCUGCCAGGAAGGUUUAAGGUCUACUUCUGCUGCAACUAAAUUAGAGCAAGCAGGUUUCCAGAACAUAGCAUGUAUUACAUCAGGGCUUCAAACUGUCAAACCAGGAACAUUUGAUACUGUUGGUACCACUGAGUUGCAAGAUGCUGGUAAAGCUGGUUUAGUCACUAUUCAAGGAAAAAUCUCUGCUGUACUCGGAACUGUACUUAUAUGUGCAUAUCUAUUCAUUACCUUCUUUCCAGAUCAAGCAGAGAAGCUGCUUCAAUUGGCCCCUACAGGCUAGUCACAUAUAAGAAGCUAAAGAUUCAAUUUUGUCUCUCGACUCUUUUCAAAUGUUUAAUGAAUUUGCAAUUUUUCGACAACAUUAACAUAAAUCCAACCAAAAAUAAGGCAGGAAGGCAUUAAUUGUCAUGUUUAUAAUAGUUAUAUUCUGUUACCUCUA